AAUAUAUAUUUUCUGAUAACAAAGUCCGAAUACUUACACGUCACUUGAGAUUUUUCUGAUUUAUAUUUCUCUACACAUAUACACAGUAUCAUCUAUCAUCUCUUAGGGAUACAGUUUUGUUGUGCGUCUCUCUCCUGACUAUUUGCAGAUUCUGCAUUCAAUCUCUAAUGUAUCAAUCAAACGAAGAGGACGACGAUUUCCUCGCUGCCCUUUGCUUCGAUCAAAGCAACGGAGGUGAAGAUCCUUACGCAUUUAUACAGACAGAACAGGGCAACCUCUUUCCGGAUUUCGGGUCAUCAUCUGGUGUGAAUCUGCAGACAGAGCAAGAACAAGAACAAGUAUGCAACAACAACAACAUUGGAGCUCAGUUCGAUUCUUUUAGUGGAAACAAUGGUUUAGGCCCUUUUGGUGGAGUUCUCUAUAGUAGCAGCAUUGUGGAGAAGGAACAGGAGCUAGUGUGCUGCGGUGUAGUGGAAAUCAAUUCUUCGUCAUCUGUUGGAGGUGUUAAGGAAGAGUUGGAGGAUGAAUGCUCAAGAAAGAGGGGACGAACUGGACCAUGUAGCAAGCCAGGAACCAAAGCCUGUCGUGAGAAAAAGAGAAGGGAAAUGCUAAAUGACAAGUUCAUGGAUUUGAGCUCUUUUCUGGAACCUACAAGAACUCCAAAGACUGAUAAACCAGCUAUACUAGAUGAUGCAAUCCGGGUCGUGAACCAGCUCAGAGGUGAAGCUCACGAGCUUAAAGAAACCAACCAGAAGCUUCUAGAGGAGAUCAAGACUCUCAAGGCGGAGAAGAAUGAGCUAAGGGAAGAGAAGCUGGUGCUCAAGGCUGAUAAAGAAAAGAUGGAGCAACAGUUGAAAUCUAUGGCGGCGGUUCCAUCGCCUGGGUUCAUGCCUUCUCAUCCAGCAGCUUUCCAUCAAAACAAAAUGGCCGUUUACGCGAGUUACGGUUACUAUCCAAACAUGCCAAUGAUGCCAUACUUACUGCCACCCUCGCAGCGUGAUACGUCUCAAGACCAGCAAAACUGCUCUUUUGCUGCUUGAUCUUCUCUAUGUUGACAUCAUAAUAUCAAAACCACUUUGGAAUAUUGGUUUCAUGCAGAUGAUUCUUUAAGUUUUGCAAUGGGGGAUAGAGAAUGUUAUGGUUCUUUCUUUCAAUUGUUACUUAGGUUCUAUUUUUGAAUAAAAUGUCUGAGAAACUUUUUUGUACGAUUA